CUGAGAGCAGAGAAACAAUAACAUGAUUCGAGAGUCAGAACAAUGCACGCCCAUACAAGUAUAUAUCUUACUUCAUUACGGACGUAUCUGGACUGACGAUGACGUAUCGCCGGCAGCUUGCGUGGCGCAGAGCCUGCCAAGACGUGCGCAGCCUGGGCACGAGCAGUACUAACACCAGCAGUGACGAAGUAGCAGCUGCAGACCGAAAUAUUUUGCUAUAAAUUCCUGCCCCAAGACCUGUUAUUCUUUUUGUCGAGCAUGGUUCAUCAUACCUUCUAGAGUGUAUCUUUUACAACGAGCCUAAUAAUGGCAGGCAGAAACGAAACGAGAAUGUCAUUCUCUAUGCGAGACGACGAUCGCGAGUAUUCGAGUUUCGAGGAUAUCUACAGCGACCACUCGGCCCCGCACAAUCAUGACAGCUCUAUAUUAACAGAUGCGGACUUUGACUUGGACGGAUUCCUCUACUACAAUCAAGACCAUCAGCCCAGCAAUGUGAAUCAGAGCAGCUCCGAACUUGGCUCGUCAAGAUCGGCAACCCUCGAGAGCCCGCUGCCCGUUUCACAACAGGGGAGGAUACUCCAGUCUCGUCAAUCUCAGCCCAACUCUUCUACAAAGUCAUCAUUCCCGCAGAAUGAAAUAUUGGAAGACAUGGAAAUAGACGAUGGGCAACAACACAGUGAACAAAAAAGAAGCGAAAACGGAGGAGGUGGAGAUAUUUUGGAGGCUCUUUCUUCCGUACAACAGGUAUGCAGUGAACGGAUUUCUAUUUAUCCUCACACCUUGAUAGACGAAAAGAUGACGGUGAAGUAUCGUCGUCCUUGUCUCGCUUGAGCAACUAGAGCGGGUCUCUUGGCUACGCCAACCGAGAGUAUUUAGAGUUCACAAUGAACGUCAUUCAAUUGUCCACACAUACUGACGUUAUCUACCAGGCACCCGAAUCUACAAGAAAUAAAGAUACGCUCGCCUCGAUUGGCAUUCCCACAGGCGACACAGCAACAUAUUCACUUAACAGACAUGAGCCACGACCAUACAAACGUUCGAGGACGGAAAAUGAAGAUAAACACAUCGAAGGCCGUCAGGAUUAUCUGCGGAUGGUGUUGGAAGGGUACCACAGACAUUUCUCUAUUGAUCCAUCCCCUGGCCAGAAGAAACACUUGGCAAGCACUUUUGAAUUGACCAUUGAGGCCGUGGACAAAUGGUUUUGGGACCAGCGAGCAUCGAAGAAUGCUCCAACGAUAACCCCAGCAAUUGUGGUCCACGGUAAUACCCACCAUUCUGCUGAUUCUUCAAGAGAGCAGUCCUACAAGCAGGAGCUUGAUAUUUUCACGCAGAAGGGUCAACUAACUCCGUCAGAAACAACCACCUUUGGAAGCAAUCACCCUUUUUCUUGCACGUAUACAAAUUGCCAGCAGUCAUUCAAGUCGCCCUCAGAUUGGAAGGUCCACGAAGAGCUCGUUCACUGGUUGCAGAAACGAUACUUGUGCUUAUUUUGUGCUAUUCUUCCGGCUAAUGAUCAGUCGAGAUUUUCUUGCAAGUCCUGUACAGACGCCUCUCCUAUGCUUGAUGAUUGUAUGACCCACGUUAUGCAAUGCGAACGCGCCCGACGGCAACAGACAUGGAAACGAUACCAUGAUUUUAAUCGCCAUUUGUCAAACCAUUCACAUGAAGAUCAAAAUAUGCAAUUCCAAAUCGAACUCGUGAAACGCAACAAGGACUGGCAUUACCCAGUAGAGUCAAAUUGGCCGAGGAUUUGCACUUAUCCUAAUUGCUCGCAGGAAUUUAGAUCGUGGUCAGAGAGACAGGAACACUAUCCGUCUUGUCAUUUCAAAAACAAGAAGUCUGUCAGUUCGCGGAAGAGUGGAACCAGCUCUUCGAAAAUCAAUAUGCCUAGCACAUCGAGUGCCUAUCCACGGUGGUCCCAGGAGCCACAAGACACCGGGUGAAAGCCUCCCACGAUGAAGACCAACAGAUAACCAAGAUCCUACAAAUUGAGCUGUUGCUAACCAUCCAAUCCGUAAGGAAUGCACAAAGACAGCUCUAUUUUGAGACAGAGGCCUCCACUCGAGAUGCCUCCCAAUACAUUUUCAAGAAUCUCAGGCCUUCAGCGAAAGCGUUGGUACCACGCCCUCUGGAAAUAGAACCAACGACGGAACACGCCAUAAUAACCCUCAGGAGGUUCAACCAGGCCUCGAGCUACAUACCAAGAUACCAAUCCUAAUGCGAAUGGCAACAGUACUUUCAAUGGAACAGUAUGAUCACCGAAAAGCCCUCUGACUACCAGCGACCUUGAUAUCAAUCAGACAACACAAUCUUGUCCUCAACUACAACAAGACACAACACUUAUCGAAUAAGAACACUGGAGCAAAUUGUUCUGCGUCGUGGUUGCGUGGUGCCCAAUCCGGGAGGGUAGUUGUGGGGGGAACAUCCUUCAGGCUUUGAACACCCUGUAGCUUCAGGCUGUCUGUCACUAACUGCGACAUGCAACAAAACUUCGAGAUUAUUAUAUAAUCUCGAAUUCGCUUACCAAGUUUGAGUCCAGGGGCUUUAUGAUUGGACAAUCGAUUCACCUCUUGAGGAGGGUGAGGAAGGUCGGGCUAAUGGUUUGGGUUUCGCUUAAAGUAGAGUUUGGAGAGAGG